AUGAAGCUCAACGUUCCCACCGAAGGGGGCUCAGACACGUCCGAUGUCGAAAAUUCGUGUCUUGUGCGCCUUGUUGAUACCUCCUUGAAGAACUUUGAGAAAUACAAGGACUCCGUGAUCGACUUAAAUAAGUAUGCAGAUGAACUUCUAAAUAACCGUCUUACUCACUUCGGCGAAUAUUCGCUCGAUUGUACAAAGGCAACUUUCGAUGCAAUCGGAUUGGAAUUCCGACAUACGGGACCGUUCCCAAGAGCCACCGAAGAGCGCAUCGCGUGCCCCAUGUUUUCUGUUAAUGCUAGAGGUCCUGUGGACUACAGUGUUGAGGAUUCGGUUGAUGCUGUGUCGAAGCCGCGGCUACGGGAAUUCUUUCCAGAGGUUUGGCUGUUUGAUCACAUUAGACUCGACCAAGCUGGGCAAUAUGCAACACAGUUAACUGCGCCGGACAGCAUCACUAGUUGGGAGUUCACAGCCCUCUGCUUCACCAAAGAUCUCGGACUCUGGAUGCCACCCAGACUGGAGCCCGAGGCAAUCACCGUCUCACUGCCCUUCUUCGUCGAAUUCACACCCCCAGUGAAGGCCAAGCGACAAGAGGUCUUGCAUUUGCCUGUCAGCGUCUUCAUGUUGUCGGCCAAUGGAGGUGCAGAUAAAAAGGCCUGUUACGAGGUUCUCGUGUCAGUGUCUGUGGACCCCAAGGACUGGCAGUUGAUUGGCACUUCCGAAUUCAGCACUUGCUUGUGUCAGGGUGAUCCGAAGACCACAUUCACACUGACUCUGAAACCGCAGAAGCUGGGGCGACUGAAUGUGACAGCAGAGGCCGUGGCGAAGUCGGAAUCAGCCAUGUGCAGCAAAGGACCUGUGUCCAGCCAACAGAAAGCCUCCGUGACAGAUGCUGUUCGACGUUCAGUUCUCAUCGUACCCGAGGGCGUGGAAGCUGAGACGAAUGUGGGUGGAGUGCUGUGCCUUUCCAAUGGCGGAAUGCCGCUGACGGAAGUAAUGAAGUUGGACCUACCUGAUCGCAUAGUGGAGGGUUCACUGCGCAGCUAUGUCUCCGUGAGCGGCAAUGUGCUCGGUAAGGCCCUGAAGAAUCUGGAUAAUCUGGUUCGCCUACCAACGGGCUGUGGUGAGCAGAAUAUGGUGAAGGUGGCACCGAGCGUAUACGUGCUGAAGUAUUUGGUUGCAGCGACAGACCUGCAUGAGGCCGAAACCAAGAAGUUGGCACAGACUGCAAUCAACUACAUUGGCAGCGGCUACACAAACCAGCUCAACUAUCGUCAUGAUAAUGGCUCGUUCUCAACUUUCGGACAGUCGCACGGCGUCGGCAGUACCUGGUUAACAGCCUUCGUAUUUGGCGUUUUCAGCGAGGCUGAGCGAUUGCUACAGGCGAAGGCGCUCAACAAGUUGCAAACUGCCAACACUGAUUUCUACCCCACACUCUUAACGGCCUUCGAGUUUCUCGGGGCAGUGCAACGUAGAGAUGGUUGUUUUACGGAGUACGGCAGAGUGUUUCAGUCAGGUCUGCAUGUCGCAGACGGUUCUCCGAAAGCAAAACUCCUGAAGGAUCUCCUGCUAACUUCGUAUGUCCUUUCAGCACUGGUUGACGCACCAGUGGCCUUGAAAGAAAGCAAAUCCAAGCCAUGUCUUUUGGACACAAUGGAGGCGUAUAAUGUCACCGAAAUUCCCCUACGAGCUCUUGCCAAAGUGGCCUAUGCACUCAGACGUCUUCCUGGCCUCCGUGAAUUGAUUGAACAGCGGGAGUUUGUGUAUAGAGAGUUGGCCAACAGGGCAUCUGAAAAGAAGUCCCGGAGCGGAGCCCUGCGCUGGUGGAACGAUGAGAAUGCAGCUUAUCCCGCCUCGGAGGUCGAGACGACGGCCUACGCGUAC